AUGCACAGCUCGUCGCUCUACUCCCGCUGGAACGGGAUCUGCCGCGACGACGGCAACAUCAAAUCAGACGUGUUCAUGACACAGUUCUCGGCACUGCAGACGGCGCGCUCGGUGCGCACGCGGCAUUUGGCGGCGGCCGAGGAGAACCUGGAGUUCUCGGCGCUGCAGACGGCGCGCUCGGUGCGCACGCGGCGCUUGGCGGCGGCCGAGGAGAACCUGGAGGUGGCGCGCGCCGCCCGCCUGGCAAAUGCAGAUUAUUACGAGAAAAUCUCCGACCCUUUGGAUUUGGCCACCAUUGAGAAGCAGAUCCUGACCGGGUAUUACAAAACCGUGGAGGCUUUCGAUGGGGACAUGCUCAAAGUGUUCAGGAACGCCGAGAAGUACUACGGGCGCAAGUCGCCGACGGGCCGCGACGUGUGCCGGCUGCGCAAGGCGUACUACAGCGCGCGGCACGAGGCGGCGGCGCAGAUCGACGAGAUCGUGGGCGAGACGGGCAGCGAGGCCGACAGCAGCGACGCCUCGGUCAGCGACAAGGACGGCGGCCACGAGAAGGACGAGGACGUGAUCCGCUGCGUCUGCGGCCUCUACAAGGACGAGGGGCUCAUGAUCCAGUGCGACAAGUGCAUG